CCCCCCAUUUCCUUCAAUGUUGUUCUGUCUAAGAAUUUGAUGGUCUUGAGUAUGUUUUGGAGAUUGCUCUUACUCAUCCGAUCUGUAUCUGAACUAUUAAUAUUCGCUGUUAUAUCCCUCACUUCCGUCUUGAUUCAGAGGGCUACUGCAGCAGUAGAUCCGAAAUUGACUCCGACUGCGUCGUUUCAGUUUGGUUGGUUGCCUCUGAUCACUAGGCAUCACUUUAUGCGAUUUGUUCGCUGGACCCGGAGAUCAGCGAACACUCAGCGGUUGUACCUGACAUGCAUAAGGAACACUCUGGAAGCUGCGAUGUGCCUGCAGAAUUUCCCAUGCCAAGAAGUGGAAAGACAUAACAAGCCAGAGGUUGAAUUGAAGACGAGUCCAGAGCUUCUGCUGAAUCCUGUUUUGAUAUGUCGAAAUGAAGCAGAGAAAUGCUUCAUCGAGACAUCCAUUAAUUCCCUCCGCAUAAGCAUUAAGGUAAAGCAGGCAGAUGAGCUUGAAAACAUUCUAACAAAAAAAUUUCUUAGAUUUUUGUCCAUGAGAGCAGAGGCAUUCCAGAUAUUGAGGAGGAAGCCUGUACAAGGUUAUGACAUUAGCUUUCUCAUCACAAACUUCCACUGUGAAGAAAUGCACAAGCACAAGCUCAUUGAUUUUAUCAUUCAGUUCAUGGAGGACAUCGACAAAGAAAUAAGUGAACUAAAACUCUCUGUGAACACCAGAGGGCGGCUUGUAGCAACAGAGUUUCUAAAACAGUUCGUCUAGAUGCCCGCUCCCCGUAACUCGUAACUCCGCAGAUUUCUUCAGGCUCCUUUCCGAUUAGCAGCUCCUGACUAGUUAUCAAGCGUAUAGCGGGAUUUAGUGGUGUGAAUACCACUAAAUGCUAUACCACAUGGCAAGAAGAAAAGAAGAAAAUGGCAACUCAUCAUUUGACGAGAAGUGGGAACAGGAAAAUUUCAGUACUUCAAUGCUUUCAAGAAUUUGUGGAUAGCUCCUCUUGUUUUUCUACUCAUUUGUGAUCAUGCAUGUGGGUUUCUCUGUGA